GUUUUGGUUGCACUUGUUAAUUUCUUAAUUCUUACUGCACUUAAAAACAUAAUAAAAUUAUGUAAAACAGAUCGUAUAUAGUGGCUUUAGCCAUUUUUAGGUUUAAAAUACCAAAGUUCAGAGCCGUAAAUCUGAGACCAGUUCCGAGCGGAAUAAAAAAAAAAACCGAUAUAUAACCUCAAAAAAAAACUUUAAUUUUACUUGUUUUAAUUUUCCCAAUAAAUCAACAGUCAACACCAAAUAAGUACUCUUUUUCUAAUUGAUGAUUUACCGCAUAAGUAACUGCAAAAAACAAAGGAAGCCGAAGGUACAUCUUUCUUGUUAUAAUGGACGAUGAAAUAAAUCUUUUAGAACUUAGGCAUAAAAAGGAAAAAAAGGAAUUACAGGCUCAAAUUCAGGCUUUAAAAAAGACAGCGAAAAAUGAUAAGACUAAAAAGAAAGAACUAACUGCAGAGAUCGUUAGAUUAGAAUCAGAUUUAGAAGAGCGUCAUAGAAAAGAAAAUGAUGAGCAGCAAAAUGGUAUUUGCAGAGAGCCAGUCGAGCCAGAAGCAAACGAUGAAGAAGUAGACAACGAUACUACCAAACAAAAAGUUUCGAAAGCUCAAAAGCGCAGAAACAAAAAAUUGCAACAAGAAAAAGAUCGUGAAAAAGAGAUUGUUCUACAAGAAAAAGAGAAUCUUCACGGUCCUAGGAAUAUAGAAAAUCAAGAAAUGUCUGCUAGGUUAAGAGAAAGGAAGUUGAAGGUAUAUUCAAUACCCUCAGAUGGAGACUGUUUGUAUCGAGCAGUUAGUCAUCAAUUAGAAACUAAACAUAAUAGGAUAAAAUCUGUUGAUGAUUUAAGGAACGAUGUGGCAAUGAACAUUCGAGAGAAUAAAGAAGAAUAUAUGCAGUUUAUGUGUCAUCCAGACACUGGUCUAAAUUUGACAGAUGUUGAAUUUGAAACGUAUUGUAAUAAAAUAACUAAUACCAAAGAAUGGGGUGGCCACAUAGAGAUACGUGCAUUAUCAAAUUGUCUUAAAUGCCCUAUAACAGUAAUACAAGCAGCUGGACCUGUGGCAAUAGAACAAGGGGCUGAGUUUUCUGGCACUCCGUUAAUCAUUACAUACCAUAGAUACAUGUUCAGUUUAGGUGAACAUUACAACUCAACUGAACUUUUACUAGAGGAUUAGUAAUUUUAACUUAGUCUGUACACAACUAUUUCAGUAAACUAUGUGUAAUUUUCCAAUG